AGUGAAAUUUUUGUAAUAUGUUUUGAGAGUUGAAAUUUUAUAUAAUAAAUGCUACUUAAGUUGUCGCUCUAUGUAAUUUUUAGUAAAAUUAUAAAAUAGAAUAGUCUAUGUAAACCUAAAAUAAAAUUAUCAGAUCACUUAUAAAAAUAAAUUAGAAAAUUGCUAUUAUAAGCCGUAACUUAAUGUCAUUAAUUGGUAAUUAAAUAAAAUUAUUUGUACUACUAUUAAAUAAUUUGCUACUGUGUUACAAUCUCAAGCUGAGAAAAACAGACCCCUAAAAGCAAGUGCGAAUACUUGUGCACUGUGCUAAAGGAGUUGUACUUGCUAUUUACUUUUUCAUUCCCCUCCUGUACUGCAACCACCGCCGGCCGCCGUGAAAAUGGCUCAACUUCCGGCGUACGAUCCUUACUACGUAAAUCAUCAACCAGUAUAUGCAUACAGCAACAAUGAGAAGAAUGAUAUAAAAACGCUAUUCGUCUCGGGACUUCCCGACGAUGUUAAAGCUCGUGAGAUUCACAAUCUCUUUCGCCGCCGUCCUGGUUUUGAAUCGUGUCAGCUCAAAUACACCGGCCGAGGAAAUCAGGUUGUUGCCUUUGCUAUUUUUAUUGAUCAUCCAUCAGCAAUGGCAGCCAUGCAUGCCUUGAAUGGUGUAAAAUUUGAUCCUCAAACUGGAUCCACUUUGCAUAUUGAACCGGCGAGGUCAAACUCUAGAAGAAUACAAAUUCCAGGAAGAGGACCUUAUGUAGUUAUUGACAACAGAAACAAGUUCAAUUAUGAUGCUGAAGACACAUCAAGUGAUGAAGAUAAUAAUAAUGAUUCUAAUGAUGCUUCCAAGCCCGAGAAUCCUGAUUCUGGGACAAAGGAUGAUUCUUCAGAAGAGAAACGUGAGGAGAAAUUGGUGGAGCCUGACCAUGCUUUGGCCCCGAAAAGUGAGCAAAACGACAAGACAACAGAUGGAGCACAACCAUGUUCCACUCUGUUUAUCGCCAAUCUUGGUCCAAACUGCACUGAGGAUGAACUGACGCAAGUUAUUUCUCAGUAUCCUGGAUUUAACACCCUCAAGGUGCGUGCAAGAGGCGGGAUGCCUGUUGCUUUUGCUGAUUUUGAGGGCGUUGAGCAAGCAACUGAAGCGCUGAAUGCACUUCAAGGAAGCACACUACCAUCAUCUGAUCGGGGUGGCAUGCACAUAGAGUAUGCAAGAUCCAAAAUGAGGAAGCCGUAGAUACCAUUUUCUGGUAAAACAACAAGUGUUUCAAUGACUACAGACUUACUGGGCUACUCUGUAGUGCUGAACUGAAGAUUUUUGCGGUGCUUAGUUUCCUUGAUGUCUUUAUGUGUUAUCUAAUUAUUAUUUGAUUUUAGAGCGUAUAGAACUAUUUAUGGAUAAACCAGAUAUUGAUCUUUAAGACAAUGACAUGUAUGCAAAUGCCGUUAAACUGACCUUAUAUUUGACUGCAACCAAUCUAAUUGCUCAUCGACUCAGUUUUACC